CCCUAGAGAGACUCAUUUUAAUAAUAAAACUCUGAGAGAGAGAGAGAGAGAGAGACUCUGAUGCAAUUUACCUUUUCUUUGCCACACACCCCCCCACACCUGCUUUGCACCCAGAGCCUUGACACUCAAGAGGCUCUAUCAUGAGAUCUCUUCCCUUUUAGCAUGCAAGAUAUCCCAGGCUCUAGAAACAUUCAGCACCACUGUGUAAUUCUUCGCUUCACAUAGUAGCAAGUGACGCUGUGGUGGAGUGUCUGUUUAAAGGGAAAAGUCACGUUUCACAUAUUUAUGCCCAGACCCCAGUUCCAGCUGACAGCUUAGCUGGAGCAGGGGUGAGGAAGAGGCUUUGAAAGAACUAAGAACUUAUUUUUCUUUUAAACAAAGGAGGCUUUGGUCAGAUUUUUUUUUUCUUUAAAGCAACUGAAAAAGCUGAUCCAGAAAGCGAAAGCAUCUCAGUGCUAGCUGCAAGUGCACAGUUAACAGAUCAAGAAAGUCAACUAAUGCUACACAGAACCAGCAUUCCAGCAGUGAGGAGUCCCCUGAGGGAGGGAAUUGCAACUGGGAAUUCAACUAGAUGUCAAAGAGGAAGCUGCUUCUUUUGGUGGACGUGGAUCUUAUUUAACACUGGAUUUGUGUGCAUCGCUCUUCAGAUAAUCACCUGGAAAUCUGUUGUGCCUUCCCUUCAAAACAAGCAAGUGCUGCUAUACAAAGCAUUUCUUCUUCUUCUCUGUUUGGCUUACAGUACAGGGUUUUGUUAAAGAGGAGAGUCUUUUUUUCUAUGCACGGGAGGCUGCCACAUUCCACUCCCAGGAAAAUGAAGAAGAUCCUGUCAACUCAUCCUAGAUAACCAGUUCAGUUCACACAGAAGACCCAGUCCAUUGGGCAUAAGCCCUGGUUUUGGCUGAGAGAGCAAGUGCCCGAACAAGAGGGGAAGAAAAUUUAAGCAAGAACAUGUAUAGUGAAUUGUUAAAUUCAACCAGUGCCACUGAAGCUCACCUAAUCAUUCAGACCAACACACCCUACCUGAACAGCACACAGAGAUCAGUAAGCUCCUCUGCGUUUUAUAUGUCAACAGCCAGGGUGUUAAAAGAAGGGGAAAUAAAUAAGCCAGAUCUGGUGACUUACAUUGUUCUGUUUUUCUUCCUGCUCUUGACUGUGAUAAUAAUUGUGCUCUUUAUUAACUGUCAGUUGAAAAAUUCUUUUUUUGCUACUCUACCUUAUGACAGAUCACUCAGAGAAGCAAGGAGUACAUGGAGGACACAAGCUGUCUAAAACCAAAAAGGGAAGCCUUGCUUAAUACAGUUUUGCUUUGAUAUAUAGCACGAGCAUGAGCCAGAAAACCUGUGCAAUCAAAUGUUAUUUCCUUUCGCUGUUAGGUGGAUCCAAUCCCCUUUUAAAUAAUAUUCGGAGUCUCAGUAUUAAGAGAAAAAAUUCCCUGCCGGGAAAAAAAUUGCCAUAUGUAUAUUAGAGUAGAUGUAAAUAAAAAGCCCUUUUAUGAAUUAAAAAGACAAAGCAUUAUUAUGUUUAAUUUAUGUACAGAGAUACAUACAAAAGAAAUGCAUUGCCUAUAGUAGAAACCUCUGUUUAACUCUAUAUGUAUGCAAAUUUCAUCACUGACCCAUUCAAUCAAGGUACAAUGGCAUUUGCCUUGACAAUAAUCUCUAAUUUGUACAUCUGGUGGAGCUGUAGCCUGUGUUUGGGAAAUCAUGGCAGCAAAUGUAGAAAUGUUAAUAUAUUUACUUGACAGCCACAAGGAGGAAAUCAAUUUACUUUACAGACCCAUUUUGCUUUAUUGUUACUAGAACCAUGUGGCAACGUAAUGGGAGAUAUUGCUGAUAAAGACUGUAAGCCAAACAUGCGUCUAGUUUUAUUUAGCAUCUCUUCUGCGGUUCUCUUAACCAGCAUUCUUGGUAUUCUAGUGCAGUGAUUCUCAGACCUCAGUGGUUCAGGAGCCAAACCUUCGUGAUCAACAUUACCCAGAAGUUCCACCGUAGUGUUAAUUCCUCCUUUCAUUUACUAUAGUACUAUUCAUAUUUAAACAGCAUGGCAGGGAAAUACUUAUUUGCUGUGAGAAUAAUAUAUAUAAACUAAGUUAUUAACUUAGUGGAAGUUCAUAACUUAAUUGUUCAUAACAUAGUAAAACAUCCUGAUUGGUAAAUAACUUAGUUUGGUUAAUAAUUAAAUCACAGUGUUUCAAUAUCAUGUGCUGCUAAGAGCCGCAGGAGACACCUUAAAGAGCCACUUGCGGCUCACGAGCCACAGUCUGAGUUUCACUGCUCUAGUGUAUCUUGGUCAGAUUUUCAGGCCCCAGUUCUGCUAAAUGGACCACUUAAGACUUAGGUAACUUGGAUUAAACUUUAUUGACAACAAAAAAAGCUGCAUUAACCACUGUAUCAAACCAAAAGGAUCAUUAGGGGUGGAAAAAAGCCACUGUGGCAUGGAAACUAAUUAUGAGAGGCUAAUAUCAGUCCCAUUUUGGUGCAAAAAAAUGAGUAACAAAUUGAAAUGCAGGAAUCACAAUUUUAAUAGAAUGGUUACUUUAAUGCUAACAAUUAUUUUCAUCCCAUGCUUUUGGUAUACUGCUGGGAAAAUUAGAAGCAUGGGUGGGGGAUGGUGCCAUUUACUCAGCAGUGGUCACUGGUGACAAAUUUAAAUUGCAAUUAAUUAGCAAUGAGGUGCUGUUGUAAGAGCUACAUGAAAAUGUCUGUUUAAACUUACUAAUUGACUUGAUACUUUACGUGUACAAAAAUGUGAUUUACUAGAGCACUGCAUACUUCUAUUCUGUAAUCCCAGUUUUGCAGAGGAAAAACUGCACAGUGACUGGUAUGCACUGUCAUUCCAACUAAUCGUCAACGAGCGUCACGUACGCAGUGGCUCACCAAGGUCGAGGCUGUAGGUAUAGAGGUGUAUGUAUCUAGACGCAUAAGGCCAGAUUCGACUCUCGGUGACAUUGGCACAAUCCAAGUGAAACAAAUGGGAUUCAGUUGGUGUCACUAAGAGCAAAAGUUGUACCCAUGUUUCAAUUCAUUAACAUACAGGGUAUAGUGGGAACGUUGUGUGUAUGUAACGUCUUCUAAAGCGAACUGAAAAAAGCUUACAAACAGAUCACAUACACACACACGCAGUGAGCUGAUAAAUACAAAGACACAACCAAAUGCGUGUGUGUGUGUAACCUGUUUGCAAGCUCUCUUACCUUACAAGAAAUGUUACCAUUGACAAAUCAGCUAUCCUUUUAUGCUCUCAUAGUAGUGAACACUUUAUGCUUUUAUCAGAGAGAAGAACAAAGCUACCAUAUAACUAGGUCUGACUUUUUUCACAGGGAGCAAUUCUGGUCUCACGUAAACCAGUUUAACCCUGAUGUAACUCCUAGGACUCACUUGAGUGUAAAUGCAGCGUUUAUAUGGGAGCUGCAUUUAGCGCAACACAUCUUAAAUGUAAAGAUUAAGUAAUCAGACUAGGCAAUAAAUGGCUUUUAAACAAUGAUAGUUUGUUUUAACUGAUCAGAAGUAACAAGUUUGGUCUAAGAAUUUCCAUUGGCACAACAAUUAAGACCUUUUAAAGUUUGUUUUCCAUUGUACUGUAAUUCAUUUGUAUUAAAAUAUUCCAUCACACAAGAAAAAAUACAGCAGAAUCCUAUUUGUAAAGGGUUAAUGGCAAGAGGAGGGUCAUCAAAAGAAUAUGGCUCACUUACAAUGAGAUUUACAAUGGUACUUGGUAGCAACAACAGUGGACUGAAUGUCAGCAUUUUUCUUAUCAGCCCCCAAAGAUGCUACACAUCUCCGGUGUCUUAGCGCAAUUUUAACAAAUGUUGGGGAGCGAUCAGAUAUAGUCUCUUUUACUAAGCCCAAAAUGUUGGCAGCAAGGCCACCUACAGGGGACAACAAAGGAUUAUUUUAGAAGCAUUCUUGACCAUAAAUUCAGUUUUCUUAUGUCAGCACACGGCUCCUGUUAAGCAUGACAGUAAAUAUUCCUUGGGCAAGUUUUUCACACUUACUUCGCUCAAAAAAGCAUAUGGAUAGUAUUUGUGUACGUACUAUGGCCUCCUAUAUGAUUGCUUCACUGUGGCAAUACAAUUUCAACUUCUCUGCAAAGGAGAUUAUACUUUAUAUCAAAGAUGGGUGUAGGACUGUAAAAAGGCCAUGACUUUCUGUCCUUAAUAACCAUCUGAAGUCUGACACACAUUCUGUAACAAUUAAUAUGGCCCUGAUUCAGAGGGGCACUUAAGCAUAUGUUUAACUUUAAGUACGUGAAUAUUAACUCCAAUAGAGGUACCCGUGCUGAAAUUAAGUACAUGCCUAUAUGCCCUGUGACUCAGAGCCUAUGUGCUGAAAAGGGUUGGAGUACUUCUUCUUAUAAAGCUAGGGACAUGAUCCAGUAUUCCUACCUUGCCCCGGCAAAAUGACUGUCACCUUUGAUCUUUGAGGCCACUCUUGCUACAAUUAGCCUUGCCUUUGUCACUGCAAGAUUAGAUUGCUGUAAUGCGCUCUUGAGGGGGCUACACAAUGGGAACAUUGGAAAGCUGCAGCUGGUGCAGAAUGCUGCAGUCUGCUUUUUAAGUGGAGUUACCUAUUGGAAGCACAUUGGACCAGCACUCCUUGCUCUCUGCACUUGCUUCCAAAAAGCUUCUGGGUUAAUUUCCAGCUGUUGGUUUUAACCUCUACAGCUUGGGACCUGCUUACCUGACCAACUGCCUCUCGCCCUGUGACACAGUGCCAUAGCUCAGAUCAGCGAGAGUGCUUGGGCUGGAUAGUCAAGAUGGAGCUGCCGCCAGUGUGAUCUUUGCAUGAGGCCUUUAGUUCUGGAGCUUGGUCUAUCAGAGCCCAAGUUCGUUAGCAUUCGAAGCACACUACAGUGCCCAUCUUUGUUGAGGAGUGGCUGAGCUGUGGAGUCACUUCUUUUGCACGGGUGUAUGAUUUUGAUUCAUGGGAUCUGUGCCUACAGCACAGGAUGGGCACCUAUAGCUCCUGUUAGGAAUUUAAAUAGAUACCUGUUUGCCCUUCUAAUUAGCCCUGAAUUAGCAACCAGCCUAGGAGUAGCUCGGUGUUUGCGAUCAGAGACCCUCCCCGAUCCUUAUUUAUUUAUUUUUAAGAAAAUAUGCAGAGUACUUGCCUCAUGGUGGGAUAAUUGUGUGAUAGAGCCAUUGUGAUUUACACCUGGAAGAGAAGAUUCUUUCAUAGGCCUCAUAAGCCUGCCAUUAAAACAAAAUACGAGGGCUAGGGAUAAAAGACAACAGCUCAGUAUUUCAGCUACAUGUGAGAAGGCUCUGGGCUGUUAAAUGCAGUGUCUGUGUCUAUUAAUCUAAACUGAGUUGUGAUAUCAUACACUUGGAACGGAUGUCAAACCUCCAGAGCCACAGCAUUUUGUAGUUGUACCACUUCUUCUGGGAUUUCAUCUUUUUGUGUCUUCUAAGGAAAGGAAAUGCCCGGUCCCGAGCCACCACUUCAAAAUGGGAACCGUAGAGAGCUAGGCUCCUCCACAGUUUAAUUUGCAUGAUGAAAAAAGGGAUUUUUGUAAAUAAUGCAGAGACUAUUGAAAAUAGCCAAGUUUAGUCACUUGUGAAUUGUGCUGCUUAGGGGUUGUUUCUGGGCUUCCAUAUUUAUAAAAGCAGAUUUUAAUGAAGAGCAGCUGGAGAGGCUGAAUAAGAUGAAAGAGCCCUGAUUUCCUGCAGCAACAUAUUGUACAGUGGGACUCGAUAUUUAUAUAGGAGUGGGUGGAUUGAUCUAAACACAAUUGAAGUGUUGGGGGGAGAUGCUGUUUUGAUGAAAGUCUUCUUUUUCAGAAACCUUUAGAAAAUCUAUCAUUUUAAAGGUUUGGUAUUUAGAAGCACAUUCAACCUGGAAACAUUGCCAAAUAAAUCAGUCUGAAAAGGUGCAAGGGAGACGUGAUUGGAUUGUGUAUCCUUUGGGGGCUUCAUCCCCCUCCUUCCUGAAGUUAAUUACUGCAAAUUACAAAGUAAUUUACAAGCUGCAGGUUUAUGCAAAGAAACUUAUGGGAAGUUGGUUUAACAUGCAAAAGUACACACACAGAGCACACUCUACAAAACAUCUUAGGGAGAAAGUUAUCACCUUUAUCCUUUCCUUGCAACUGGUUCGUUUUCCAUUCCUAUUUUCAUUGCAACAUCAGGAAUUUCUCUAUCUGUUUCCUGGCAUGGGAACAGGAAGUGGUGUUAGCAACCAUUAGCAAACAUUCUCUGAAAACAUGAUCUGUUCAUUCCUAGGGUUACAUUUCUCUUAGUGUUUGAUGGAACUGCAGCUGUUAUUGGAAGCUUAAUGAGAUGUUUUUUCCCCAUUGACUUGAUAAUAAGAUAAUUUUAGAGCUGCAAUGAACUGUUCGCCAAAGAUUUGAAAUCUACCAAAAAAGCCGCAAGACUUAAUCCUCUAUUUGGCUUUUGGAGGCUACAGUAUUUGUUUCAUUUUACCUUGCAGUAACUUUAAAAUCUCCACUCCAAAGCAAUAUCCAACUAAUCUUCUCUCUCCAGUGCUUUCUUGAGAGGUUCAUGAUUUUCCUGAGAAUAUGUUUUGGGUUUGGAGAGACUUUAGGAAGAAAGACUUCAUGGGAAUGAUUGGAUUAUAUAGAGAAUUUCUAUGUAGUGUCCAAAAUAACUGUGCUGUUUACAACAAGAGGCUUGCACCUUCAAAAGGUGAAUGGAAAACAGUUGUUUUUAACCCUUAGGACAAAAUAUCUGUUGACAUAAAAUGAUACAUACAUACUUUUUAAAGAAAAACAACAGUCAGCAUUCCUUUCCCUUACCUCCUGAAAAGUGAGUGUAUGAUGUUCGUUUUCCAUGCCACACGAGUAACAGCCUUAAUAAUGCUGAAAGCAUGACAAAGAAUAGAAUUGCCUACUCCAAUUUAAAUAUUAGUGAUGCCAAUGAGUGUUAGAGGGGAAAACCCUAAAAUCAAGACCUGCCAGGUAAAAAACUUUGCACAUUCCCAAUAUACCCAACAUUGUAGCUGCUCCAGAUAUCAUGAAGGCAGUUUCACAGAGGGAACAGAAAUACAGGAUGACUAUGAUAACCCUCAGUUGCUCUGAAUUAAAUAUUGUUUGGGAGUAGGGUGGCCAGACAGAAA